AUGAAGGAAGAAGAAGUGAACCGGUGCCAGAUUCAAGAAUUGUACCCAAAGUUUAAAUCUGUGUCCAUUAUAACCCUGAUUCACGAACUUCCAGAGUCUUUUGUUGAGUAUCUUCUGGAUGACUCUGGGCCUUUCGUCCUUCCUGCUUCUGUUUCAAACGAUGAUGCCCUUCCCAAUAGAAUCCAUAAUCCUUAUGAGGAAGAAGACUAUCAGGUAUCCGAAGGAUCUGGGGAUGAAGCUGAGCCGUCAUCUCCCCCUUCUUUUCCAGAACUAGAACUAAAGAUUAGGGAAUCCAUUGAAUCCCUUGGCGGUGCAAUUUUUCCUAAGUUGAAUUGGAGUGCACCAAAAGACUCCUCUUGGAUUAGCACAUCUGGGACACUUCGAUGCGCUUCAUUUAGUGAGAUUGCACUCUUGCUAAGAUCAUCAGAUUCAUUGGUACAUGAUCUGUGUCAUGCAUACGAUUCGUGUGGUGAUAGAACCUUAUCAAGACCCCAGAAGUUCUUUCUUGCUCUUCGCAAGUGGUAUCCGUCUUUACGACCAGAGAUGGAGUUUCGAUGCUUCGUAUGGGGUCAAUGCCUAGUUGGAAUUUCUCAGCGUGAAGUCACAACAUUUUAUCCUGUUCUUUGUGAGAAGAAAGAUGAUCUAAAAGCAUUGAUUCUAGAUUUUUUUUUUAACAACUUGAGAUAGAAAUUUGAAUCGGAAAAUUACACAUUUGAUGUUUAUGUUACGGAAGAUGAGCGGGUUAAGGUUUUGGAUUUUAAUCCUUGGGGUGCAUUUACACUGCCACUACUUUUUACCUGGGAGGAAUUGGAGCAGAAUCUUGGAGAAGAAAGCGAAUCUGUGGCCUUCAGAAUUGUGGAGAGCCAGUGUGGUGUUCGACCAGGUAUAAAGACAGCCGUGCCAUAUGACUACUUGGAUACCAGUGAAGGGAGUGGUUGGGAUCAAUUUCUUAGGAAUGCUGAUGUGGAGCUGCAUCGACAAACCCGAUCACCUGAAGCAGGUGCUUGAGGAUCCGAUUUUUUUUUUUUUUUUGAAAGUUUUGAUGUACUAAGUUAUGCUUGUUUUGUUUCAUAUUUUUCCUAUAAAUGACAUCAGUUACUGGUUUAUAUUAUACAGUCACUGAAGUAUUGCUCCAAA